CUGCGUCACGCUGGGCAUGUACAGGCCGUGCAUCGACGACCCCUGCACCACCAACCGCUGCAAGAUACUGCAGAUAUUCGACGAUUUUAUAUUCGCCUUCUUCGCACUGGAGAUGUCUGUGAAGAUGAUUGCGAUGGGGGCCUAUGGGAAGGGAACGUACCUCGCCGAUCCCUGGAACUGGCUGGACUUUUUCAUCGUCAUCGCUGGGGCACUGGAGUACUGCCUGAACGUGGAGAACAUGAACCUGUCCGCCAUCCGAACCAUUCGCGUGCUGCGACCUCUGCGCGCUAUCAACAGGAUACCAAGCAUGCGCAUCCUGGUGAUGCUGCUGCUGGACACGCUGCCGAUGCUGGGGAACGUGCUGCUGCUGUGCUUCUUCGUCUUCUUCAUCUUCGGCAUCGUGGGCGUGCAGCUGUGGCAGGGCAUCCUGCGCCAGCGCUGCUUCCCCAAGACCCCGCCGAACGUCACGCUGCCCAAGGCUGUGGCGCAGUACUACCACAGUGUGGACCAGGAGCGCGACUACAUCUGCUCGACGCCCAAGGACUCGGGCAUGCACCUCUGCCGGGACCUGCCGCCGCUCGUGCUCGACAGCGGACUCGUCUGCAACGCGACGGCGCUGCCCAACAGCCCCAACGAGCCCACCAACGCCUCCUGCGUCAACUGGAACCAGUACUACACCGAGUGCCUGCCCUCGCCCUACAACCCCUUCCAGGGCACCAUCUCCUUCGACAACAUCGGCCUCGCCUGGGUCGCCAUCUUCCUCGUCAUCAGUCUUGAAGGCUGGACGGAUAUUAUGUAUUAUGUACAGGAUGCCCAUUCGUUUUGGGACUGGAUAUAUUUCGUAUUGCUCAUUGUGAUCGGGUCGUUCUUCAUGAUCAACCUGUGCCUGGUCGUCAUCGCGACGCAGUUCUCGGAGACGAAGAAGCGCGAGAUGGAGCGCAUGCGCCUGGAGCGGGAGCGCUUCCGGUCCAGCAGCACGCUCGCCUCCAGCACCAACAACUCCGAGCCCACCUCCUGCUACGCAGAGAUCGUCAAGUACGUGGCGCACCUGUGGCGGCGCGGCAAGCGGCGACUGAUGAAGAAGUGGCGUGUUUGGCGCUACCGCCGGCAACAGCGCCGCCAGGCCAAGGCGGGCGCCAUCUCCUUGCAGCACUGCGGCAACAACGGCGCCGGCAUGCUGCGAGCCCACGCGCACCACCACCACCACCAUCACCACCACCACAGGCACGGGCACGGGCACGGCCACCACCACAGCAACCACCACCACGGGCACCGCGGCCACGCGACGCCGGGCCUGCUGUCGCCGCCGGGCGGCCCGCGGCGGCGCUCCAGCGUCAUGUUCAGCGAGGUGGUGCUGCUGCACGGCGGCGCCGGCUGCCCGCUGUCGGAGAGCGCGUGCGGCGCCGCGUCCGAGGCGAUGACGUGCCAGGAGCUGCUGGCGCUGUCCGGCGCGCUCAGCGCAGCCUUGCCCACGGGACAGCUCGCGCUCGACUCUUUCUUCUCGUCGCUCAGCAAGGGACCAGGAGGCGGCGAGCCGCUGUGCUGCCAGGAGGCGGGGUGCUGGGAGCUGGAGCUGGAGUCGGGGCUGUCGGAGGGCGCGUGCUGCGCCGAGCAGCCGUGGGCGGCCAUGCUGGAGGACAAGGCGGCGGCGGCAGCGGGCGCGGGGGCGGCGGGGGCGGCGGCGCGGCGCCGCAGGCAGCGCUGGAGGCACGCCCUCGCCUGCUGCACCGGCUGCCUGCGCUGGGUGCGCCGCGGCGUGCGCGCCCUCGUCACGCACAAGUACUUCCAGCAGGGCAUCCUCUUCGCCAUCCUCAUCAACACGCUCAGCAUGGGCAUCGAGUACCACGACCAGCCCGAAGAACUGACCGUGACGGUGGAGAUCAGUAACAUCGUGUUCUCCGCCAUUUUCGCCGUCGAGAUGAUGCUCAAGAUAAUCGCCGAAGGGCCGUUCGGCUACAUCAGCAACGGCUUCAACGUCUUCGACGGAGUAAUCGUGGUACUCAGCGUGAUCGAGAUGUGCCAGACGUACCUGGGAGAGGGUGAGGGCAGCUCGGGACUGAGCGUGCUGCGCACCUUCCGGCUGCUGCGCAUCCUCAAGCUGGUGCGCUUCAUGCCCAACCUUCGCCGCCAGCUGUUCGUCAUGCUGCGCACCAUGGACAACGUCGCCGUCUUCUUCUCGCUGCUCAUCCUCUUCAUCUUCAUCUUCAGUAUACUUGGAAUGAACCUGUUCGGUUGCAAAUUCUGCAAUAAGGCCGACAACGGAGACACAGAUGAAUGCGACAGAAAGAAUUUCGAUUCCUUGCUCUGGGCAAUUGUGACGGUGUUUCAGAUCCUGACGCAGGAAGAUUGGAACGUGGUGUUGUUCAAUGGCAUGGAGAAGACGACGCACUGGGCCGCCCUGUACUUCGUGGCUCUUAUGACGUUCGGCAACUACGUGCUCUUCAACCUGCUGGUCGCCAUCCUCGUCGAAGGCUUCUCCGCAGAGCGCAACGAACGGCGGGAGCGCGAGCAGCGGGAGCUGGCCAAGCAGCAGCAGCUGAAGAACGAGCAGAUGCACCGCGAGGCGCAGCUGGCCGCCUCCAGCUACGAGUGCUCACGCACCGACUCCAGCUCUGACACCACAGACUCCUACUUCGCCACGCAGGGCAUGACGAACGAGUGGCGCAGCGCGGAGGAGCUGAGGAAGUCGAAGCACAACGGCCACCGCGAGAAGGAGAACAGCUGCCACCGGCGCCGACACCUGCUGCACGACUGCGAGCCCAAGUGCAACAUCCAGAAAGAGAGCAAGAUGUUGUCGCAGCCGCCCAUCAUCACGCACACGGCGGCGACGCCCCAGGACUCGCCCAACACGACGAUGGACCCGGGCAUGCGCGACUGCCGUCUGGCGCCGGUGCUCGCCCUGCACGGGUCCUCCAUGUCGCUCGAGUCCAUCGAUCGCUCUCUGACAUCCGAGCAAAGUGUGCCUGGCCUGCUGAAGCCACCCAACACCAAAUUCAGCGGCAACGGCGCCAGCGGUCCUGGCGGCAGCAGCUACAACAACCACGGCAACAACCACAACAAUAACAACGGCCACCAGCUGCAUCAGGGCCGGCGCGUCAGCUUGGUGGCCAUUGUCAGCUCCCGGCGGGAGUCAACGGCUUCCAGCACCAGUGGGAGCCGCGGCUGCCCCUGGAAGCUGUCCCGGCCGUCGCUGCGCAGGAGGGCUUCGCGACGCUCCUCGGACGCCGACGACGCGUCCGCCGAAGCAGACGCCGACGCCGCGCUGCCCGUCCUCAACAAUGGCCUCAACAACCACAACCACCUGGCCAGCCCUACUGACAGGACGAGCCAUCGGAGCUGCAGCCAGUGCGGGGAGCACGCACACGCUCACUGCAACGGCGGGCUGGUGGGCAGCAUCCGCAACGACACUGGCAGCGGGGGCGGCGGGGGCGGGGGCGGCAACGGCGCAAGCCGACAGCUCAGCCCGCAGGGCUCGCUGCGGGGACACGCCUCCUACUGCCCGCUGCCGCAGGCGUCGCUCGUCUCCUGCAGGGCCGACGACGAGCUGCCGCAGCCCAAGUGCGUCAACGCCCUCGUCGCCAGGGGUACGUCACCGCCCAGCUCAUUUUUCAUUAUACAAAUCAGCGGAAUUUGGUUCCGGUUCCAGUCUCUAACAACCCUACCACAACAAAAUCGGACGUCGCCCCACGGCUCGCUCAGCUCGGGCUCUGCCGAAGGCGCAACGCCCACACCGCCGGAGGCCAUCAAGAAAAUAUUCAUGUUCUUCGAGCCCCGCGGCUGCCUGAAAGAACGCGACGACUAUUCGCUCUAUAUGUUCCCUCCGCGCAACAGAUUCCGGUUGCUCUGUUGCUGGUUCGUGGAGCAGAAGUGGUUUGACAACAUGGUGUUGCUCUUCAUUGGGCUCAACUGCAUCACGCUGGCCAUGGAGCGGCCCAACAUCCCUCCAGACAGUCCAGAGCGUUUGUUCCUCUCCACCGCCAACUAUGUGUUCACCGCCGUCUUUGCUAUUGAAAUGUUUGUCAAGGUUAUUGCUACAGGUAUGAUUUAUGGCCGAGAUGCAUACUUCACAUCUGGUUGGAACAUUAUGGAUGGUUCACUUGUUAUAAUAUCAAUCAUAGAUCUAUUGAUGUCACUCGUCUCUGAAUCCAGCCCUCGCAUCUUUGGCAUCCUCCGUGUUUUUCGGCUGCUGCGUUCCCUUCGCCCGUUGCGUGUUAUCAACCGUGCCCCAGGACUUAAACUUGUUGUACAAACACUUUUGUCUUCACUACGUCCCAUUGGAAAUAUUGUGCUUAUAUGCUGCACAUUCUUCAUUAUUUUUGGUAUUUUAGGAGUGCAGUUAUUUAAAGGUACAUUUUACUACUGUGAGGGGGCAGAUAUAAAGAAUGUUCGCAACAAAACAGACUGCCUGAAGGACAAAAACAAUCGAUGGGUUAACCGUAAAUACAAUUUUGAUGACUUGGGAAAGGCACUCAUGUCUCUGUUUGUCCUCUCAUCAAGAGAUGGAUGGGUAAACAUCAUGUACACUGGUCUUGAUGCUGUGGGAGUAGAUCAACAACCAAUUGAAAACUAUUCAGAAUGGCGACUACUAUAUUUCAUCGCAUUCAUCUUGCUUGUUGGAUUCUUUGUCCUUAACAUGUUUGUUGGUGUUGUGGUGGAAAACUUCCAUAGAUGUAGAGAAGAGCAAGAGAAAGAAGAGCGUGUUAGGAGAGCAGCUAAAAGAGCAAAACAAAUGGAGAAGAAAAGGAGAAAGAUGCAUGAGCCACCAUAUUACACUAACUACACACAUUCACGGCUGAUGAUUCACAAUGUUGUGACAUCUAAAUAUUUUGACUUGGCUAUUGCUGCUGUAAUUGGCCUGAAUGUGGUAACUAUGGCUUUGGAAUUCUACAAGAUGCCUAAGCCUUUGGAGUAUGCAUUAAAAAUUUUCAAUUAUUUCUUCACGGCUGUGUUCAUUUUGGAAGCUGUUAUGAAACUUGUAGCUCUGGGUUUCCUAUUGUAUUUUAAAGAUAGGUGGAAUCAGCUGGAUGUUAUUAUAGUAAUAUUAUCUAUUGUUGGAAUUGUGCUAGAAGAAGUUGAAUCAAAAUUUAUUCCUAUAAAUCCAACAAUUAUAAGAGUGAUGAGGGUCCUCAGGAUAGCAAGAGUGCUCAAACUGCUAAAGAUGGCUAAAGGAAUACGGGCCCUGCUAGACACAGUCAUGCAGGCUCUACCACAGGUCGGGAACCUUGGGCUGUUAUUUUUCUUGCUGUUCUUCAUUUUUGCAGCACUUGGUGUUGAGUUAUUUGGGCGCCUAGAAUGCAGUGAAAAGAGACCAUGCCAGGGACUGGGUGAACAUGCACACUUUAGUAACUUCGGCAUGGCAUUUCUCACUCUGUUCCGUGUAGCUACAGGAGACAACUGGAAUGGAAUAAUGAAAGACACAUUACGUGAAGACUGUGACAAUUCAGCUGAUUGUGUCAGAAACUGCUGCGUUUCGACAGUGAUAGCACCCAUCUUCUUCGUUAUAUUUGUUCUUAUGGCACAGUUUGUGCUUGUGAAUGUUGUCGUUGCUGUGCUAAUGAAACAUCUGGAAGAAUCACACAAACAGAUGGAAGAUGAAUUGGACAUGGAAGUGGAGUUAGAACGAGAACUUGCAGCAGAGCAAGAAGAACUCCUGGAGGAAGAGCAGCAAGAGGAACUACAGCGUGUUCUAGAAAUGGAACUUGCAAUGUCACAGCAACAACAGCAGCAGCAGCAACAACAAGAGAUUCAGUUGCAGCAAGCCCAUCCCACUCUCACUAGAGGUCGCUCUCUGCCAGCAGACUUCAUGUUCACAUCUCUUGAUUCUGCAGCAGAAACAGAUGAAGGAGUACGUGGUAUGAAUGAGAGGCGCAGAGAUUCCACUGAGCUUCGCAGCAGACGUGGAGCACAUAAUCGACGCCGGCAGACUUUUCACUCUCAUCAGGGGCCUCUUCUGCCUCCCAGCAUUCCUCCUGCAUAUCCUGCAACUGAAUAUACAGCUGUCUACAAAGCAGCCAGUGACAUCAAUACUGAUACAGUUGAGGAAAAUGCUGAAGAAGAAUCGCCAAACUGGCUGCUGCCUCAGGUGAAAGAGAAAGCACCAAUACAAAGAACUGCAAGUGACCCACAUGAGGGGAGUAGAGGUCUGCUGGCAGUGCCUGGCUUGCGACGUAGUGAUCUGGGCAGCACACAACGUCUAGAGCUCCUGGUUGGCACCCAGUCAAGGAGAACUGACUGGGCAGAUCCAGAGUCCGUGACUCCAUCUGAUGAUAUUUCCCCUGACUGUGUAUCUCCAACAGCUACACUAAUACCCCCACCUUAUCGUGCAGCCACAGCAGAACAGUCUACUCUACAAGCCCCUGUUUUAGACAGAACUAUGGCUGGUCCACGGUUUUUAACUCCCUCUUUGACUUUAGUAACAGCUCAUGAUCUAAACAGAAGUGGCAGUAUGACUAGCAGCUUAAGAAGUGAAAACAUUUGUGAAUUAGCAACUGCUAUUCAGUCCCCACCAGCACUGUUAACAGAAAAGGCAGUGCAUACUCACUUUCAGUCCUCAUCAAAAGGUGAACAUGCAGAUGAUAGUCUUUCAAGUGAUGCCUCCAGUUUAGAAUUAACAAAUGUUACACCAUUGUUUGUUACACACAGUGAAAUUACGGUAUCAGUUCCAAGUUCUUCAUCCUCAUCACACAGUGGGAGAAAAUCUCCAUCUACCUCCAGACCGGUCAUUGUAGGUGAAGUUACUGACAGAAUCAUUGUAGAUUGUGACAGUGUGGACAGUGAAAAGGACAAUGUUUGUAAAAUAGAUAUAGACACAAGAGAGUGCAAAGCAGAUAAGGAAUGUGAUGAUACGUGUGACCUUUUCCAAGUUUCAUUUGAGGUGGAUGACAGUGCUACCGAACCAAUUUACAGAAGUUUCAUUUCAGAAGACAGUAAAAGUGCUGGACACAGCAGUGAACCAAGAACAAUAUCCAAAUGACUUACGCAGUAAACAGUCUGGUCAAAAACUUAAUUAUGUAUUUAAUACUUUUGUUCAUAAUAAAUUUAGUUCAUAGUUUGUUACUGAAGUUUGAUUAAUUUCUUUUUAAUGGCUAACAGACACAUAUCAUAGUUGAUGUGAGUAAUAACAGUCACAUAGGAUGACAAUAGUAUCUGAGAGAAAAUGGAGGUACAUAGACUAUUCGCUGUUAAAAUUAGGUGAAAUCAGUACCUGUCAUUUCAAAAAGGGAGGUGCAUAAAAAUAGAAACAACAUUAAAUAGAUGUUCUGCUAAGAAAGAGAUUACCAAAUUAAACAGCAAGCGUAUAGUACUCUCUUCUAAAACAUGGUUAUUUUAGUUUAAAAGAGUACUGAAAUAAAAGGAUCCUCAAAUGUUGCAAAAAUGUGUCAAAUCUUUUUAUUUUAACUUUUCCAUUUUCUCUUACUUCUAACUAUUAAAACUCUCAUCAUCCAUAAUUAGCACCUCUUUGUAAAUUUCUGACAGUGAGAAACUGCAUAAACAAUACUUGAAAUUUAGUUAAAAUCAGAAAUGUCUGCAGGUUCUGUUACUUCCCAUGUCUGGCACAUUGUGCCUGCAAUGUUUGAAAGAAAUGCUCCAGUACACAGGAACAGGCAUGGGAACAUAAUUAGAACCUGUGACACAGGAGCCAAUAUGAUUUUAGUGACACAAGAAUUGUGUCUUCAUUAAGUUUUUCAUAUCUGUGCCAACGGGGUCUCUUCGUUUCUCCAUAAAAGUGUCAUUAGUAACAUUAUUUUAAUUAUAAAUCAAGAAAAUGACAUUUUUAUCCUAAUUCAUGUUUAAAAAGAUUUUUGUAUGAUCAUUCAAGUUUCAAAAAGAUUUAGUAAUGUUAGUACAUCAAAUUCAAUUUUUGUAAGCAUAAAGUUUUUUAAAAAAGGUUUUGUUUUAUUUAUAUCAAAAGUCUAAUGCUGUUCAGCUAAAAUUAUGUUUCAUUUAUGAAAGGAAAACUGUUCAAAA